CUGCAGGUUGACUCACAGCAGCAGGGCGUCGCCUCACUAUAAAACCUCUGCUACACAUUUUUCGCAACCUCUGAACAUUCCCACCUCUCCUCCGCCGACCACGUCUCAGCUCUGACGUCUUAAAGAACGAAAGCAACCAUGCCUUCUGAACUGGAAACAGCCAUGGAGUCCCUCAUCAAGGUGUUCCACCGCUACGCCUCUAAGGAUGGGAGAUCCGGCACACUGAGCCGUCGAGAGCUCAGAGAGUUGAUGGAGAACGAACUGUCCAACUUCCUCCUGUCCCAGAAGGACCCUGCUGCUAUUGACAAAAUCAUGAAGGACCUGGACACCAACGGUGAUGGCCAGGUGGACUUUGAGGAGUUUGUUUCUCUGGUUGUUGGACUUUCCAUUGCCUGUGAGCAAUGCUAUCAGACGCACAUGAAGAAGCAGGGGAAGAAGUAAACAACAACAGCGGAAGAAAGGAAAAGAAACCAAAAAGCAUUUCAAGUUUUGUAAAGAUAGUUUUGUUCAUUAAAUAUACUGAAGAAUUUCAAACCUG